UUGGAGGAUUCAAGUCAAAAUCCUGCACAUUUGGAAGCAAUUUGCGUUCGCGUCAGGAGAAUCUAUUGAAAUGGUUUUAGUCAACAAAGAGAAACAACACUUGAAGAGAUACGACAACCAUUUAUCUGUUGGAAGCUGGAAAUUCAUUGAAGAGUUCAACGUUACCAAUUCAAUUGGACAGUACAGGACUACCAAACAUUGUUACCGGUUUAUCAAAUUCAUGAAGGAAUACCAAUUCAAAUUCAUCAACGUUACCAAUUCAAUUGGACAGUACAGGACUACCAAACAUUGUUACCGGUUUAGUUUUGUUAAAGACACAAUUGUCUCUAAUUCUGUAACCGUGUCAGACUCUGAAUUCUUGGACUUGGUUCGCUUCAGUCAAAUUCAUGAAGGAAUACAGAAUCAGAGCAUUUUGUGUGAUGUUCUCGGCCAGAUAAUGAAUGUGGGUCAACUGUCUACGAUGCAUGUCAAUAAUAAGGAGGCAAAAAAAAAUGAUUUCGAACUAAGGGAUAAGCAUGAUAUGCGGCUAAGUUGUACCUUAUGGGAAAAUUUUGCUGAUCAAAUCCUCGAAGCCACUUCCAAAAACGUAAAAAGUGUUUCCAACGCUUUUGAUGCCAGUUUAGUCAUUAUAAACCGGUCUGGAUCACAGAUUGACAACUUUGUGCAUGCG